AUGCACAGUUACUGGUCACCAGUUUUUCUGCCAUAUCCGGAUGGCAGCCAAUAUCCCAGUAACAUUCAGAAUGUUGGUUAUCCAUUUCAAUAUGGAAUGGGAACUCUGACUCCUCACAUCGCUACAAGCUCCGCAACGAGCGGAAGAGGUUGUUCAGAGAAUAGUCCCGAUUGUAGGGAAACUGCAGUGCCAUGUACAAACUCAAUUGUUGAUGAAGAAAGUAAAGAGGAUAGACCCAAAUCACCUGAAACCGACGAUUGCACUACCGGUUCACUACAAUUAGUGCAAACGGAUGGUGAUAAUAUAAUUGAGGAGCCAAGGUCGGGGAUGGAAUUCAAUUCUUUUGAAGAUUUACAUAGUUAUUAUAAGGAUUAUGCUAAGAAAUGCGGGUUUGGGGUGAUGACACAAAGGAGUGAGAAGGGAGCUGAUCAAAGUAUCAGAUAUGUCACUCUUGGUUGUGCCCGUGGAGGGAAAGCCCGGAUUAAGAGUUUGAACGUUGCAAAGCCACACCCGACAGGAAAGACGGAUUGUAAGGCAAGGAUUAAUGCCUUAAAGAUUGAAGGAAAGAUGCGGUUAACAACAGUCCAUAAUACACAUAAUCACGGCCUCAGUCCAAAGAAAUCUCGCUUCUUUCGUUGUAACAGAGAAGUGAGUGAGACUGUAAAAAGAGUCUUAGAUACAAACGACUUGGCUGGGAUCCGGAUGAAUAAGAGUUUCGGAUCUCUUGUCGUUGGUGCAGGAGGUUUCGAGAACCUCCCAUUUUUAGAAAAGGAUUGUCGCAAUUAUAUAGAUAAGGCACGUCAUCUACGACUUGGUGCAGGUGGUGCUGGAGUACUUCGAGAUUAUUUUUUGAGGAUGCAGUACAAGAAUAAUGGUUUUUUUGCAUUGAUGGACUUAAGUGAUGAUGGGAGGCUAAAGAAUUGUAUGGAUGGUAUACCUCCAAAAGCUAUUAUUACUGAUCAAGAUAGAGCAAUGAAAAAUGCAAUUGCUAAGGUCUUUCCAGAAAGUCGGCAUAGAUUCUGUUUAUGGCAUAUACUGAAGAAAGUUCCCGAGAAGCUUGGGUCAUAUGCUGCCUACAAAAGUGGACUAAAAAGUCACCUAAUGAAAUGUGUGUACGACACUCAAACAGUUGAGGAGUUUGAGAAAUGUUGGGAUGGGUUACUUAACACAUAUGAUUUACAUGAGAAUGUCUGGUUGAAAAGUUUAUAUGAUGAGCGUCAGCAUUGGGUACCAGUAUUCUUAAAAGAGUACUUCUGGGCUGGAAUGAGUACAACCCAGCGUAGUGAAAGUAUGAAUGCUUUUUUUGAUGGUUAUGUUCAUGCGAAGACAAAUUUGAAGGAGUUUGUCGACCAGUUUGACAGUGCACUGAGGAAAAAAAUUGAGAAUGAAAACAAUGCCGACUUCCACACAUUUAGCGUCACCAUUCCCUGUAUAUCUAGAUCUCCAAUUGAGAAGAGAUUUCAAGAGUUGUACACGAAUGCUAAAUUUAGGGAAGUCCAGCAGCAAGUAAUGGGUGUGCUCGAUAUGGAUCCGUGUCUACUUAGUGAGGAUGGUGUAAUGAAAAGAUAUCUGGUGGAAGAUGAAGUUCGCGUUGAAGAGUUCACUAAGCUUGUUACGUAUUCAGUGAACUUCAAUGUGGAAGACUACGAUGGAAAGUGUUCAUGUGGGUUAUUCGAGAUGAGGGGGAUACUGUGUAGGCAUAUUUUAGCCAUCUUCAGAGCUAACGGUAUAAAGUUAUUGCCAGACCGGUUCCAAUGA